UGGCAUGUACUUGAUAUGAUACUUGUGUCAGGAAAUUAGAUGAAGUAUACUUUUCAGAAGGAAUGUGAUAAUUUCUCGAAGUAAUGUGAUAACUCUGCACCAGUGAUUAUCAAUCUAAGAAGAGGAGCUGUUAUCACACUGGAAAAGUCUAGCUACACACAUUCCAAUAAGGCUGUUUAGAAUUGAAAGUGUGAUUCAGCAUUGACAUUCUCAGAGAUGGCAGACUGAAAUGAUUCUGCAAUGGAAUUUUAACAGUAUAGUAAUCUGGGCAAUCGAAAUCACACAGAUCUGUUGUUAACUUUUGGUUAAUAACACAUGUUUUACCCUCAUGUUUGUUGCAAUCUAAAGUUGGCCUCAGAUGAGGUUACAACUUGGCACAUGACAGAACAUGUAAUAUUUAAGACUGGUGAGUGAUUGUAGAUGGUAAGCACAGCUGCACGGAGAGCAUACAUAACAUUCAUUGUAUCAAAUUAAAGACUAGAAAUUUAAAACGACUGCUCAUGGUCAUUUUCUGAAAUAGACCAAUAGAGCUGAACUUCUAUUUGGAAAAGUUGGUCAUGCUCUCUCACACAAGCAGCAGACAUUUUUAACAGCAUUGGUAUCUGUAUAACACAUUAGAUUACAAGCUUUCCAUUUUUUUCUUCAGGCACAGAAAUCUUCCAGCUUUGGAACUAAUCCUUCUCAAAACCCAGAAAUUCAUCGACACUUAUUAUCAGGACCACUGAGCACGUUGAGUGCGACUUGUCCCCUUUUUCCUUCCACCCAGUUUUCCUGCUGGUUGCAGAAAGAUGGGAAAGACUUCCAAGUCAAGCUUGUGUGGAAAGACUUCCAAGUCAAGUUUGUGUAGAAAGACUUCCACACAAGUGUCAUCGGUCACCUUGUCUGUAUGUCUGAAUUAUUGCCAAAGCCCUGGCCUUGCCUACAAAAUCGCAGAUAGACAGGAGAAGACUUCAAAGUCAAUCCAACUACAAUUCUUAGAAAUUUGAAUGCGAUACCUAUCAGAACUUAAUGUACUGCAAAACUUGUUGGAACCUCAAAGCACGCAUCUACUUUCAUUGCGUUUUAGUUUUCCUGGAAAUUGCUGAUAGAUAGGAGAAAGACUUGAAACUCAAGCCAAUCACAGAUUAAUGGAGGCAUUUUGUUUUUUUUCCCCAUUUCAAGUACCUUCUAAAAGCCACCACAACCAUCAACACUUUGUUAAAGCCCUCACUGCAUUUGUGCUUGUGUUUAGAAGUUUGUUAAAAGAAAUGACAAUUUUUUACCUCCAUCUCUUCCUUUUGCUAAUGGUUGAAGAGUGAAGAUCCCACAUCAAGAAAGUGUGAAUCAAAAUUCAACUUACAAGUGGAUGACUUAUUCCUAGUUUUACUGAGACUUUUUGACUUAAACUCUAACACCUAAUAGAGACAAUGCAGUAAGCCAUGUACCACGCUUAUCAUUGCUUGUGUUACUAACCUCGCCCAGCAACAAUCAUCGUUCCAUUUCAUGAAAAGUCUCAUAUUAGAUUCUUCUUCUUCUUCCUGCAAGCUCAUAACUUGGAAUUCAAGUACUGACUGUUGGUGCUGUUCUUGGCUAGGGGUAAGUUGCCCCUGAGUUAUAAAAUGUUCUUAUUAUCUAGUAAAUUCUCAACAUACUAAAGAACUGAAAAGAAGGAACGUUCUUAUUACCUUUGAGCUUUCAUCGACCAGCUUAAUUAGCUCUGUAUUAUUCUGUAGGGCCGAAACUUCAGUCACUUUUAGACUCAUUCCAGCCUUCCCCACAUUCCCACCCAUUUCCUGCCUGCCUGCCUGAGACAGUCACAACCAAGUGUUCCGAAUACACGCCACAAAAACACAAGACUGAGGCAAUUUCUCCCGACUGAGACGUCUAUUAUUGCUUUGAAUGCAUUGACUCCUCAUUCUCAAUUACACCACAGAAAUCUAUAAAGAAAAAAAAAUUGCCAUAAUUGAUCAUGAGAAAAAACCUCUUUCCCAGCGUGUCAUUUUUCUUGGAAGUUGCCCAUCGAUAGAGAGGAAGGAAAGUCAAGCCUGGCACAGAUACUAUGGACGCAUUUUCCAAUUCCAUGACGUUAUAAAGCCACCACCAGUCCACAACCAUUACCAGUUCCCAAUUAUCACUUUCCCACGGUACAUUUGUGCCUACACCUUUGCUUAAAACAUGCCAACUCUGUUCCUCCAUUUCUUCCUUUUCCUAUUCACUACCACUGUUACUAACCUUAUCCCCGCAGUUCACAGCAACUGCAUUGAAGCCCAGAAACAAUCAUUGCUCCAUUUCAAGAAAAGUCUUGUAAUUGAUUCUUCUGAAUCCUCCAAGCUUAUCACAUGGAAUUCGAGUACAGACUGCUGUUCUUGGCUCGGUGUAAAUUGCAGCACUAAUGGGCGUGUUGUUGGACUUGACCUCAGCAGGGAGCUUGUCCCAUCCAGCAUUCACAAUUUCAGCAGUCUUUUCCAACUUCAACAUCUUCAGAGCCUCAACUUAGCCUAUACUGCCUUCACUUUCUCUUCAUCAAUUCCAUCUUCAAUUCCAUCUGGAAUUGGAAAGUUUGCAAAUUUGAGGUAUUUGAAUUUAAGCCGUGCUGUUUUUAUUGGGGAAAUUCCCACCGAGAUUGCACGCUUGACAAGGUUGAAGGUUCUUGAUCUCUCUAGGAUGUACUCGGGUGGGCAACCGAAUUUAGGCACUUUAAUCCAGAACCUUACAGAGCUUACAGAGUUGAAUCUGGAUGAUGUGAAUCUAUCUGAGGAAUCUCACUGGAGCCAAACCAUAUCAUCUUCACUUCCAAAGCUGAGUGUGUUGACCUUGUCCUAUUGUCGUCUUUCAGGCCCUAUUCAUGAAUCAUUUGCCAGGCUUCAUUCUCUAUCCACGUUAAUAUUGGAUGGAAACAAUAUCUCUGGUCCUGUUCCAAAAUUCUUUGCCAAUUUUUCAAGCUUGAUUUCCUUGAGUCUCUCUGAAAGUAACUUCCAUGGAGCAUUUCCCAAAGAGAUAUUCCAGGUACCUACACUACAGUCUGUUGACCUAUCAGCUAAUUCAGAGCUUCGUGGUUCCUUACCGGAGUUUCCAAAGAAUGGAUCUCUCGAAUCCCUAGUUCUAUCCGGGACUAAGUUCUCAGGAGUCUUGCCGGACUCUAUUGGCAACCUUAAAAUGCUGUCUGAAUUGGAUCUUAGAGAAUGCAAUUUCACAGGAGCAGUUCCAAAGUCAUUGGCCAACCUAACACAAUUGGGGCAUUUGUACUUGUCAUCCAACAAGUUUUCUAGUCCGAUUAAUUCUAUUCAAUGGGACAAACUCCUCAAGCUUGUGGAUCUCGACUUGUCCGACAAUCUACUCUACGGGAGUAUUCCAUUGUCUCCCUUCUCUAUUCCCUUGCUGCAGAGGUUAGAUCUUUCUGGAAAUAACUUCUCUGGUCAGUUGCUUGAAUUUUCUAAUGUCUCUUCGUCCUCGCUACUCUCUCUUGAUUUGAGUAGCAACAAUUUGGAAGGAUCCAUACCUGUGUCUAUCCUUAAUCUUCCAAAGCUUGAUUUCUGUAAUCUUUAUUCAAACAACUUGAGUGGUUUUCCUUUUUAUGGCCUUCAGGAGUCGAGAAAUCUUUCGUUUCUUGAUCUAUCCUACAAUAGCUUGUUGUUCAAUCAUAGUGGUACCAACUCAUCACACCCCUCUCUCCUUCAGAUUAAAACCCUGAAUUUGACUUCUAACAAGUUGAAAGCAUUCCCAAGUUUCCUGAAAAAUCAAUCUUAUUUAACCGAAUUGGACCUUUCAAACAACCAAAUUCCAGGUCAGAUACCCAAUUGGAUUUGGAAGCCUCAUCUCGAUAAUCUAUAUCUAUGUUGUAACAAGUUGGUAAGUCUAGAAGCUCCUUUACCUGGUUCUACUUACCAUCUCAGUAAUCUUGAUCUUCACUCAAACCAGAUUCAAGGACAAAUACCAUUGUUUGUGAGGGGUGAUUAUUUGGAUUACUCAAGAAAUAAUUUCAGCUCUAGUAUGCCAACGGACAUUGGUCAUUUCAUUUCUCCCACGUACUACCUUUCUCUUUCAGGAAAUAACUUGAAUGGGGAAAUUCCAAAAUCAAUAUGCAAUGCAAGUGGUCGAGUUCUUGAUCUCUCUAAUAACUCUUUCAGUGGAAUCAUUCCCCAAUGCUUGACUCAGACAUCUUCGCUUAAAGUCCUUGAUUUGAGGAGAAAUAACCUUACUGGAUCUAUCCCCGAUACUUUUCUUGAAGAUUGUCAGUUGCAAACUCUAGCUCUGGGCAGAAAUCAGAUACAAGGUCAAUUUCCAAAAUCUCUAGCCAAUUGUUCAACCUUACAGGUUUUAGACCUUGGAAUCAAUCAAGUAACAGAUGCCUUUCCCUGCCCGUUGAAGACCAUAUCCACCUUGUCUGUCCUUAUAUUGCGAUCCAACAAAUUUUAUGGACCCAUUGGAUGUCCCGAGACAAGUGGCACCUGGCCGCAGCUUCAAAUCAUAGACUUGGCUCAUAAUAGUUUCAAUGGUGAAAUACCAGGUACAUCAUUGAGAACAUGGCAAGCAAUGAUGGUUAAUGACGACUCCUAUUACCUUGGGUUUGGGUGGGGAGUUGGUCGUCGAGGUGGGGCUCUUAUUAAUUAUGGUGAUGUAGUAACAACUACAAGCAAAGGUCUAGAGAUGGAUCGUGUUCCUUUAAGUAGCUUCACUUCGAUUGACUUCUCUGCUAACAAGUUCACCGGAACAAUACCCAAGGAAAUCGGCCAAUUGGCAUCAUUACAUGUCCUCAAUCUGUCCAGUAAUGCUUUCACAGGCGAAAUCCCAUCAUCCUUUGGUAACAUGAGAAACAUAGAGUCCUUAGACCUCUCACAGAACCACCUGAGCGGCCAAAUUCCACCGCAGCUUGCAGAUCUCACUUUCCUUUCGUACUUGAAUGUCUCAUAUAAUCAACUGACGGGAAGGAUCCCAACCAGCAAUCAAUUUUCGACAUUUCUAAAUACCUCAUUCGAGGGUAAUAAAGGAUUAUGGUGGCCUCCUCUGACAUCGAAUCCGACGUUUAAUGGAAGCUCAAGUAAUUCGAAAUCUGGAGAUGAGAUUGAUUGGAAUGUUAUCAGUGCUGAAAUUGGAUUUACAUGUGGGUUUGGAAUUGCAGUCGGGUCACUUUUGUUUUGCAAGAGAUGGAGGAAAUGGUAUUACAGAGCUAUGUUUAAAAUCCUGUUCAAGAUAUUCCCUCAGCUGGAACACAGAUUUGGUAAUCACAGAAGGCAUGUUUACAUAAAUCAAAGGUAUUGGAGACGUUUAAAUGGUUAGGCAGACCAAGCAUGCAGUUCAACUCCCUUGUGCUGGAGACUCCCCUGGUGUUUUUCCUCUGUAUUUUCAUCACAUGAUUAUAAUGUAAUUGCUCUGUUUUGUGAUAUGGUAAUUGUACCAAGAUUUUCUAUUUGUGAUCCGAGGCAGUGAAACUGCAACUUGCUCUCAAGAGCCCAAACACACUGGAAAGCUGUAGGCCCAAAAGGCCCGUCGUUGUACAUAAGAAAUACAACUCAGCAGUUGCUCCCGACAUAAGAAAUCAACCCUCUAUCUGCACUUGCUCUCUCAUGUUGGUUCCGUAUUUCUGUUCAUCUCGUCUAUACAUUUUCCAAGGACUGUCUGAGUUGAUGCCACCAGAAAAAGGCUUGAAAGUUUAUGAGAGUACAAGAUGCGUGAAGAUAUUUUAGAUCAGCAGGCAUCACUUCAACGAGCAAGCCUUGAAGCUUCUCUUGCUGAUGGCAUCUCUUGGGGUAUGGGAGAGGAUGCCAUUAUAGAAGAAGCUGAGUUUUGGACUUGAGGAUGAUGGUGAGGAAGUAACUUGGCAAACAUACAAAGGACAGCUUACAGAAAGGCAGAUAAAAACACGUGAUAAAAUAACUAAAAGAAUGGAAAAGAUGGCUCAUAUGAAGAAGAGUUAGAUGCUAUUCGUGCUAAAGAUGUCUUUCAAGGUGGAUUGACUCAAGGGCAACAAACUCAGAUUGCGCGAAAUGAACAAAGAACAGAACAGACGGAUGACAUGCUUCCAAGCUUGGAAGAACUGGGAGUGCGUCAACUGUACCCAAAAGGCCCAAAUAUUGAACAGGUAUUGAUGGCCAAACUCUGAUUACGAGAAAUAAGGAACUUUUGGGGAAUGUAUGAAUUUCUUGACUACUUGCAGAUUUUAAGAAGGAACUAAGGUCCCUUAACAGAGAGUUGCGAAACUUGCUGAUAUUAUUGUGGAGAGAGUAGAGAUCUUCACUAUAUGCAAGGAGAGUGGAAGAAAUAUCUCUUAUAUUCAAGAACUUGCAUCAUCUUCUGAACUCAUUGCGGCCCCAUCAGGCAAGGGCAACACUAAUUCACAUUCUAGAACUUCAGAUAAAACGAUGUAAACAAGCUGUUGAGGAUAUAAAGAGGAGGAGAGAAGAAGCACAUGCACUUCUGAAGGAGUCCCUUUAAUCGUUGGAGGACACUAGUGCAUCUCUUACGUUGAAAUAGGGAGUGCUCAUGUAUGUUCCUACUCAAUGAUCAGAGCUCCUCAGACAGUUUCAUCUAAUACCUUUAGGGAGGGUCAUGGAAUCCCACUGGUCAAAGUUUCUCGGACAGACAGUUGCAUCUAGUACCUUCAUGCUUUUAAAUCAGAAACUUCUGGUUUUACCUUUCUAUUCUAGUGUCGAAAGGAAUGUAGUCCAUCUAGCUGUCAUUGAAUGAUGGUAUCCAAGCAUUAAUUCAGAUGGCAUGGAUAGAUGGAGGAUAGAUUAGAUUCAUUUCAAGUGGCAUAAUAGUAUUCUGUUCCAUCACUCUGUAACUUUUACUCAUCUAAUAUCAAUUGCAGUGAAUUCUGACAAACUCAAGAGAUUAUUUGCACACAACCCUACUGCAAAAAUGUUAUCAUUUUGUGAUAACGCAGUACAUGCAUGUUGGUUUUUGGUAUGUUUGCUAGACAUUGACAUUAAAUGGAGUCCACCUUAAUAUGGUGGGGUGAAUUCCUCCAGUGCAACAAGGGCUGAUUUAUACUGGCAAGCAGCUUGGAGAUGACAAAACUGCAAAAGAAUACAACAUUGAGGGUGGCUCUAUCCUUCAUUUAGUGCUUGCACUACGUGGUGGUAGUCUAUAAAUUGUAUUGUAGUAUUGUAUCUAUUGAUCAGUUCAGGCAAACUCUUUAAUUGUGAAGGCUUUAUCGUGCCUUGAUACUGUAAAACAUUUGAGUUGCAUUACAUGGCAGAAAACUCGUUCUAAGUGGGUUACUGUGGACAUAAAUAUUGGUGUUUUACACACUUUACCAUUCUGCUCUGUUAUGUUCGCUGUCAAUGCUCUCUUGUUUUUACUGUAUACAAGGUUAGCUUCACCAGGGCAAAAAUUUUAUCAAUCCUGAUUACAGUUA